AUGAUUGGGAUGAUCAACUUGGUUGAUGCCUUCUGGUUUUCACUCGAAUCAUGCGCUUGGAACCUGUUGGAACCGCACACGGCGCUUCUGGCCGUUGAUCCUAUCGAGCGCUCAGAAUUCUUCGAGCGCCAGGAUCGCCUAGCCAGCGCACUCAAAGAUGCUGGAGUUGAUGCAUUCAUCGCGGAGCCAUCUGCCUCAACAGCGUAUUAUGCCAACAUCUCCGAUACCUUUGAGCUAUCGGAGCGGCCUUUCCUUGUGAUCCUGGACAAGGAGGCGCAGUUCUCAUACCUGGUACCCACGUUUGAAGCUGGCCGCAUCGCGAAUCUGGAUAUGAUCUACAAGGACAAGAAGGUGAUAGCAUGGGCUGAGGAAGAAUCACCAUACGAGGUCCUGGCCACGGCAACCGGUUUCUCAAAAAUCAUGAUUGAUGAGCAUACAAGAUACAUGAUCGCGGCGGGACUGCAGAAGGCUGGCGUUGAGGUCGUACCCAUGUCCGAGACCAUCCAAUCGCUGCGGGCCGUCAAGACAGAGGCAGAAAUUAUGAUCUUGCGAGGGAUCAACUCGUACACACUUCAGCUCAUCCGCUCGAUACAGUCUUGCUUGUCCCUGGAUGUUACGCAGGAAACUCUCACGACAGUCGGGCAUAAUCUUUUCAAGCGCGGUGGUGUAGGCAAUGGCUUUUGGGCCAUCGUGCUAUUCGGUGAUCAAGCUGCUUACCCACAUGGUGGCAAGCACGGGAAGACGCUCAGCGAGGGCGAAUUCGUCCUCAUGGAUAUUGGCUCGGAGUUGCACGGAUAUGGCAGCGACGUAACGCGAACAUUUCUGCCGAAUGGCGUAACUGUCAGCGAUGACCUUAUGGCCGUUUGGGAUACCGUCCAUAAAGCUCAGUCGGAAGGCUUCAAUCGCAUGUGGGCGAACGAGACUUGCUCCGAUGUCGAUGCUGCCUCGAGAUCUCCCGUGAAGGCGGCCGGAUAUGGUCCUUACUACACGCACCGACUGGGUCACGGGCUGGGGCUGGAGAUGCACGAGCAUCCUUAUCUCAACGGUGCGAACACGGAAAAGUUGAAGGUUGGAGAAGUUGUGACUAACGAGCCGGGUAUCUAUGUGACGACGGAGCAGGCUGCAGAGGUUGGCCGCAAGGUUGGAUUUGGUGUGAGACUCGAAGAUCCAAUUUUGGUCACCGAGGAAGGAGGUGAGCCCUUGACAGGUCACAGAGCUUCGUCUCCUUGGAAUCCAUGA